AUGAGUUUAGAAGGAACUUCACGAGAAGUAGUAUAUGUCAAAGCAAAGCUUGGCACAGAAGGUGGUACUGACCAGUAUAAGAAAUUUGCGAUCGAUCCAAAUAUUACAGAUUACAAAGUUCUACUAGGACUGCUUUGUAAAUGUUUUGAUAUUAAUUCUGAUUUCUCAAUUUGUUAUUUGGCGGUUGAUGAAUUCGGUGAACAAUUCUACUUACCAUUACAAUCUGAUUGGGAUCUUGAUGCAUCAAUCAUCACAUCAUCUGAUUCUACUUUACGAUUGAAAAUCACUUUAAAACCUAAAAUAUCUGAUCCUCAAGAUUGGGAUAUUGUUAUUCCAAGUGGUAUUCAAUCAAACUCCAGAAGACGUAAACCACAAGGUGAUAACAAAAAUGAUUUGAAACACAAUGACUCUAAAGGACCGUCACUUAUUUCGCAAAUAACCCAACGCUUAGAAAGAACUGUUGCAAAUGUUCGGAAGGCUAUAGGAAUUGGUAUGGAUACCGAUGGUCUGAUUUACUCUGUUCAUCCUCCUAUAUCAGAUAUACAAAUGCGACAGUACAUGGAUGAAAGCGGACGCAUUAUUUAUUUAAAUCAGUUUUACUUAGAUGUAUAUCUACAUGGCCUAGAACAUAGCUUGCGUAAAGUUGGUUGGCGAAUUUUACUGUCAGUUUGUCCAGCAGAUACUACCGGUCAAGAACGUUUCCACUUAUUAGAUGUUAAAGCUCAGCAGUAUAUAUCUCUGAAAGAAAGUUGGAAAAAACUAUACGCAUCAGGUUCCAUGUCUGAGCAUCAAGUGUCCACAUUGGCUUCAAUUAGCAUAGAUGUUGUUCGUACAGAUUGGAAAGAAGACUACUAUCGAAAUGAAUGCAAUCAUCAUCGAGUCUCCCAGUUGUUCGAUGUUCUAGCUACAUAUUGUAUACAUCAUCCAAAUAUUGGUUACAGUCAAGGUAUGUCUGAUCUAGCCAGUCCUUUAUUAAUUGUUCAAGGUGAUGAAGCAUUAGCAUAUUUGUGCUUUUGUGCCCUAAUGCAACGUGUGAAAUUCAAAUUUGGUGAUGCACAUCAAUCUGCACUAAUUAACAAUAUGCAAGAUUUACACGAUUUGCUCACUUAUUCAGAUGAAGAAUUAGCGCAAUUUUUUCGUGAACACAAUUUGGCUAAUAUGUAUUUUACUCAACGUUGGUUUGUUUUAGAGUUGAAACGAGAAUUCAACUUUAAUGAAUCCCUACGUAUCUUCGAAUCUCAAUGGGCUGCUUUAUGUCUUGUGAAUAAUAAUAUUAAUAAUAGUGUAAUUGAAAAUGAGACCUACAAUUCUAAAUCUGAAGGUUAUCUUGUCUUAACUGAUGGUAUAUCUAACGUACACACUUCAAAUGCUUCCUUCAACAACUGGCAAAAUUAUACAGCACGAGAUGUUAGUCUGAUUAAUUCGUUAAUUGGCUCAAACUAUGUUGUGAACUUAAAAAGAGCAUCUACAGUUGUAGUUAAACUGAACACUCCGUUACCUUACUCAUCUGCAUCUCCCUCAUCACCUUCCUCUGAAGUAGACUUUACUUAUGAAUUGUCUAAUAAAAAUCAACCCGAUACACUACUGAUCAGUAAUUCAUCUUCUGAAGCAUUACUUACUGAAACUGAAUUUGAAAUAAUCCCUAGUGAAUCAAUGUCAGAUUUCACAAAUCCCCUAAAACAAAAAUCUUUACCUCAUCAUCAUACAUCCUCAGGGAAGUUACCUUCCUUCUCUGUUGAAAAUGAACCUAUCCAAAUCAAAAGUUGUGUAACCCAAUUACCACCACCGAAUCAAUUCGGUCAGGGUAAUCCAUUUCUCUUAUUUCUCUGUUUAUCUUUAAUAUUUGAAUAUAAAGAGGUAAUUAUGUUAGAAAUAAAGGAACCAGGCGAUAUUAUACACUUCUAUCAACAACAGUCUGGUAAACACAAUUCCUUACGUAUACUUAAUCGUGCAAAAAAACUAUUUAAUAAAUAUUUGGAACAGAAUAAUUUUCAAAUUUAUAGUUAG